AUGGCGGUCGCUAUAAUGUCUCAUCAUCUUAAUUCACUAUCACCAUUAUUUUCAUCACCAAUAAUGCAUUCAAAAUCUCAUAUGGAAUCAAGAAAUACAUCGGUAGUUAAAAAUCUUCAAAUACUUUUCGAUGAACAAUCAUCAAUACCAUUAGUUAAACGUACAGCACAUCCUGAUCUCAAACGUAUUUCAUCACAAACUCUUGCCACUCUUCUUGAUGAACAACCUGAUAAUUUAUGUAUAAUUGAUGCACGUUAUCCAUUUGAAUAUUCCGGUGGUCAUAUUACUUCAGCACAAAAUAUCUAUACUGAACAUGAGCUUCGUUUAUUAUUUACAAAAUUAAUAACAUCAUCAUCAUCUCGUCCAUCAAAAAUUAUAUUUCACUGUGAAUUUUCUUCUGAACGUGGUCCACGUCUUUGUCGUUUAUUUCGUUCAUUAGAUCGUCAAUAUAAUAUUUCAAAUUAUCCAUAUUUAUCAUUUCCAUCAAUUUAUUUACUUGAUGGUGGUUAUUCGGAUUUCUUUAAUCAUUCAUCUUGUAAACAAUAUUGUCAACCAAAUGGUUAUGUAUCAAUGUUUGAACAAAAAUAUACACAAGAAUUAAAAAUACAUCGUCAUGAUAAAAAAGUUGCUAAUAAUAAAAUUUUAACAAAAAAAUUAGUUGAACAACAAGGUCCUAUACAAUUUUGUAUGUCAUAA